CCGUAGGGCUCCUCCUCCCGAAGCAGUUCCGGUUCGGACUCCAGCGGCUGCGGGAGAGGCAGAAGACUAGCCGAAGCGAUGCCUGCGCGCAGCCGCCACCGCCCCCGCCUCCACUCUAGCUCACCGCCCCGGGCUCCGCCUCCGCCGCUCGAGGCGCUUCACUCCGGCGAGGCCCGGAGGGCCCCGGACUCCGACGGCGAUUCGGACGCCGACUCGGAGGUGGGUCAGGGGAUCCCGACUCGCACCGCGGAGGUGUCUUUGAAAGGGCCGAAGAUCGCUAGGGCAGUGGAGGAAGAAAUGGCUCUUCCUAAUCACCUUUGCAUUCGUCGCUGGACAACCAAGCAUGUAGCUGUUUGGCUGAAGGAUGAAGGCUUUUUUGAAUAUGUGGACAUUUUAUGUAAUAAGCAUCGACUUGAUGGAAUCACAUUAUUAACAUUGACUGAAUAUGAUCUCCGGUCUCCUCCUCUGGAGAUCAAAAUCUUAGGGGACAUUAAAAGGUUAAUGCUUUCAGUCCGAAAAUUGCAGAAAAUACAUAUUGAUGUUUUAGAAGAAAUGGGAUACAACAGUGACAGUCCCAUGGGUUCCAUGACACCUUUCAUUAGUGCUCUUCAGAGCGCAGACUGGCUCUGUAAUGGGGAGCCUUCACAUGACUGUGAUGGACCCAUCACUGAUUUGAAUUCUGAUCAGUACCAAUACAUGAAUGGUAAAAGCAAACAUUCUAUUCGAAGAUUGGACCCAGAGUACUGGAAGACCAUAUUGAGUUGUAUAUAUGUUUUUAUAGUAUUUGGGUUUACGUCUUUCAUUAUGGUUAUAGUCCACGAGCGAGUGCCUGAUAUGCAGACCUACCCACCACUCCCAGAUAUCUUCUUAGACAGGGUUCAGCUUUUCCAGAAAUAGGGGGAGGACUCCUAUAUUACCACAUAAAUUGGAAUUACCACAAAUAGUACUGAAAAAUACUGAUUCAUUGAUAGUAUCUUGUUUUUAUGAAAUGCUGAGUGAAUAAUAAAGAAUAUAGUAUAUGCAUAUGAAAAAUAAGAAUAGAACAAAUUUCGAAACUGUUAGCUUUUAUGUUUGUGAUUUUUAAAGCUUUUAUAGUUUGUAGAGCUUUCUUGUUUGUUUUUAUAAACCGUUUUACCUUUCUGAAACUACCUUGUAGUAUGUGUUUUUUAAAAUGAAAUGAAUCAGUGUAUCCAUACUACAAUGUCAGAAUGACAUACAUACCACAUUUUGUUUCUCUCAAACCCUGACUAAAAAUAUAGUAAAGAGGUUUUUGUUUGUUUAAGUGGAAAGCCUACAAAGAUAGGGCAGAUAAGAGAGGAAAAAACAGUCAUACAUUUUUGGAAGUUUGAAAAUAGAUGUUUGAGUGGCAACUAACAGACCUAAAAUAACUUAAUUCUUAAACAGCAGUUAGGAAAACAGAACCAACCCAGUCUGUGUUGCAGAUUUCUCAAAGUUCUGGAUAUUGCAGGUAAAAGGGUAGUGCUAAAUACGAAGAAUCUAGGGAAACUGUUAAGAAGCUGUUAGAUCCCUAUAUCUCCUCCUCUAUUCCCUACAGUUUUCCCAACUAUAAACAAAAGAACCUAAGGAAGUAAGGAAGAAAGCUAUGUGGAUAUCUGGGGAUAGAGUAUUCUGGGCAGAGAAAACAAGGUGCAAAAAAUCUUGAAUUGUUAGUAUCCUUAGCAUGUUCAAGAAACAGCAAGUGAGAGAUGGAGAGAACUGUUGGAGAUGAAGUCUGAGAGGAGACAGGAAUCUAGAUUGUAUAGUGACUUGUAGACUGUUUUCUGGACUUUAGCUUUCAUUCUGAAUGAAAAGGGAAGCCAUUAGAAAGUUUUUAGGAGAAGAGUACAGUGAUCUAACUUCCAUUUUAAAAGGUACCUAUGAGGCGCCUGGGUGACUCAGUCGUAGGCUUCUGCCUUCAGCUCGGGUCGUGAUCCCAGGGUCCUGG